GUGCGAAUCUCCUCGUGCAAGCCCAUUUAUCGCCAUGUUCGAAACGGUCUGUACACUUCCGCUAUCCGCGGACCUGUUCUCGCAGGCUAUCCACCCCAAGGAAUCCAUUGUGUCUGUGGGUCUCUCCUCCGGUCACGUACAAACGUUCCGCCUGCCCACCGAAGAAGCGGACAGCGAAGACGAUGCGUCGACUUCCUCGUCGCGCAAUGGCAGAGGACACAUUGAUACGAUGUGGAGGACCAGACGGCACAAGGGCAGCUGUCGGUGUCUGACUUUUGGCAUUGACGGGGAAACACUCUACUCUGCCGGAACGGAUGGGUUGGUGAAGGCCGCAAAGGCGGAGACGGGUGUCGUGGAGAACAAAAUCGCCAUUCCCACGAUGAAUAAUGGAUCUGUCGAUGCCCCGACUGUCAUCCAUGCCCUCUCCCCUCAGACUCUCCUUCUCGCUACCGACUCUAGCGCACUCCACCUUUACGAUCUCCGCACUCCGUUCUCCAAGGUCUCCGCACGCUCACAGCAGACGCACCAUCCCCAUGACGAUUAUGUCUCGUCCCUCACACCCCUACCGGCGUCGGACACCAGCACAUCUGGGUUCAGCAAGCAAUGGGUGACGACAGGCGGAACUACGCUGGCCGUUACCGAUCUCCGACGUGGCGUGCUCGUACGCAGCGAGGAUCAAGAAGAGGAGCUGAUCAGCUCUGUGCACAUUUCCGGGCUGGCGACCUCUGGCACGAGUCGGGGAGAAAAGGUGCUUGUGGGUGGCUCUGGUGGUGUCAUGACGCUCUGGGAGAAGGGCGCCUGGGAUGACCAGGACGAGCGAAUCUAUGUGCAGCGUGAUGGAGAGGCACUGGAGACCAUGGCCGUUGUUCCUGAAGAGCUGGGCAAGGGCAAGGUGGUUGCAGUGGGUCUGGGCAGUGGUGGGAUCAAAUUCGUCGGGAUAGGCGCCAACAGGACCGUCGCGGAGGUGAUGCAUGACGAGACGGAGGGUGUCGUCGGUCUCGGAUUCGAUGUUGAGGGGCGCAUGGUCAGCGGUGGUGGACAGAUAGUGAAGGUCUGGCGCGAAGCACCAAUGUCGGGCGAUAGAUAUGGAGCGAUGCCGGGUGAAAAGCGCAUGUACGACGACAGUGAUGACGAUGACGACGAGGACAAUGAAAACAGCGACGACGAAUCGGACGAUAGCGAUGCUGGCGGAAAACAGCGCCCGCAGCAGAAACGCCAAAAGGGCAAAGGCAAGGGCAAGAAGGGGGGGCAGCACAUCAUGGCUUUUGAAGAUAUGGAUUAAAUUGGUUUCAUUGAUACCCCAGACGGGAGAUCUUGUAUGCAUAGCAUUGGUGUCCGGAAAACAAAACGGGCCAUAAUCACCAAUGAAGUUGGACUUCUAGAUCCAGCUUUCCGUGAAACGGUCUUCGCAGUGCCUCUUCUGGCUAGUCCAAUAACAUGACGACAGCGCACGCCCAGAGCGCAUUGGACUACAGAUUAGUCCCAGGCGGUGACUUCUAGGGUUCCAGUAGUAAUCACUAGUAUACCAAGCCCCUG